AUGCGUUUCACCAAGUUUUUCGCCGGCGUCACUUUUGCUCUGUCUGCAAGCCAGGCUCAUGCGACUGUCAGCCCAGGCGAGGUCGCGGAGACCUUCGAGAAUCUGACCAACAUCGCCAGCGACAUUAUCCAGACGGUUGCGAGUCUAGAUAGCACAAAGAUCAUUACAAGCGUCCCAAGAAUUGCAGGCGAGUUUGGUAAACUAGUUGAGGGAGUUGUCGAUGCUGUCGAUAUCAUCGGAAACCCCGACCAAUUCAAGGACAUUGGGAAGAGCGACCAAGACAAGAUCUGCGAUGCCCUUGAGAAUUUUGUUGACAAGGCGCGCGACGCCGUCGACUCCAUCAUCGGAAAGGACAGCAUUCUCGGCCGAACACCCCUUGUGAGCAUCAUCGCCCAAGUUCUGAGCGUUGCUGCCGAUGGCAUCGAGCAGCUGGCCCGGUCGGCCGUCAAAAUUGUCCCCGGAUGCAAGGAACGCAUUGAGAAGAAGUUGGAUCUCCUGCACAACUCCUUCGGUCAGGGCAUUUCCAACUUCCGUGCCAAGGCUAUUGAGCAGGGUGAGAAGCCCAUUUCCAUUCCUACUGGUCUUCCUACUUCCGUUCCUACUGCUAUCCCUACUGCUGCUCUUUCUUCUCUUCUCGAUCUCGUUGCCACUAAAAUCACCCCCAUUGCCUCUACUCUCCCCAAGAUUACGGGUGAGCCUGUCCCCAUUCCUUUCCAGGCUUAA